AUGGCUGACAAUUACCAUCAAGCUCCUAAGACUGAAGAAUACUGUGAAACUGUCACCAUCGUGAAGGUGGAGGUUGAGGAGCCGAAACUUGAGUGUAAGGAAGAGAAGAAGGAAAGCUUGUUUCAGAAACUUCAUCGAUCAGAAAGCAAUUGCAGCAGUUCUAGCGAUGAAGAGUGUAAGGAGGGAGAAAACAAGAAGGAGCUUAAGGAAAAGAUUGAGAAAAAAAUAGACGAGAAGAAAGACAAAGUUAAGGAAGAAGUAGAAGAGGCAAAGUACAAAAUUGAAAAAGUGAAGGAGAAUAUUGAGUAUAAAGUCGAAGAGGUCAAAGAGAAAACGGAGGAGAAGGUAGAAGAAAUCAAGAAAAAAAUAGAGGAAAAAGGGCACGAAGGCAAAUACAAAGAAGAAGAACUAAAGGAAAAGAUCGAGUGUGAAGUAGAAGAGGCGAAAGAGAAAAUCAAAGAAAAAGAAUAUGAGGCCAAGUACAAGAACGAAGAACACAAAGAAAAAGUAAAAAAAGAAGUCGAGGAGGCCAAGUACAAAAUAGAAGAUUUCAAAGAGAAUGUUGAAUGUAAAGAAGAAGAAGUUAAAGAGAAAGUUGAGGAGAAAAUCGAAGAAAUCAAGGAAAAGAUCGAGUGUGAAGUAGAAGAGGCCAAACAUAAAAUCAAAGAAAAGGAGUAUGAGGCCGACUAUAAGAAGGAAGAGCACAAAGAAAAAUUCAAAGAAGAACUAGCAGAGGCUAAGUACAAAGUAGAAGAAAUCAAGGAAAAGAUCGAGUGUGAAGUAGAAGAGGCCAAAGAGAAAAUCAAGGAAAAGGAAUAUGAGGCUGAGUACAAGAAGGAAGAGCACAAGGAAAAACUCAAGAAAGAAGUAGAGGAGGCCAAGUACAAAAUAGAAGAAUUCAAGGAUAAUAUCGACUAUAAAGUAGAGGAGAUUAAGGAGAAAAUUGAAGAAAAAAUUGAAGGAAUCAAGGAAAAGGUUGAGUGUGAAGUAGAAGAGGCCAAAGAGAAACAUAAGGAAAAGGAAUAUGAAUCUAAGCAUAAGAAGGAGGAACGCAAGGAAAAACUUAAGGAAGAAGUAGAGGAGGCAAAGUACAAAAUAGAAGAAUUAAAUGAGAAGAUCGAGUAUAAAAUAGAAGAAGUUAAAGAGAAAAUUGAUGAGAAAGUCAAAGAAAUUGAGCAAAAGGUUGAAUGUGAAGUAGAAGAGGCCAAAGAAAAACAUAAGGAAAAAAAGUAUGAAUCUGAGUACAAAAAGGAAGAACGGAAGGAAAAACUCAAAGAAGAAGUAGAGGAGGCAAAGUACAAAAUAGAAGAAUUGAAAGAGAAAGUUGAGUGUGAAGUAGAGGAGGUUAAGAAUAAAAUCGAGGAGAAAGUGAAAGAAAUUGAGGAAAAGGUUGAGUGUGAAAUAGAAGAAGCCAAAGAGAAACAUAAGGAAAAAGAGUACGAGUCUGAGUACAAGAAGGAAGAGCGCAAGGAAAAACUCAAGGAAGAGAUCGAGGAGGCCAAGUACAAAAUAGAAGAAAUCAAGGAAAAGAUUGAGUGUGAAGUAGAAGAGACCAAAGAGAAAAUCAAGGAAAAAGAAUAUGAGGCUGAGUAUAAAAAGGAAGAGCACAAGGAAAAAAUCAAGGAAGAAAUAAAGGAGGCUAAGUAUAAAAUAGAAGAAUUAAAGGAGGAUGCUGAGUGUAAAGUCAAAGAGAUUGAAGAGAAAAUUGAGGAAAAAAUCGAAGAAAUCAAGGAAAAAGUUGAGUGUGAAGUAGAAGAGGCUAAAGAGAAAAUCAAGGAAAAAGAAUAUGAGGUCGAGUACAAGAAAGAAGAGCAUAAGGAAAAACUAAAGGAAGAAGUAGAUGAUGCCAAAUACAAAAUACAUGAAUUAAAGGAGCAUACAGAGUGCAAAGUGGAAGAGGUUAAAGAGAAAACUGAGGAGAAAAUUGAAGAAAUCAAGGAAAAAGUCGAAGAGAAAAUUGAGGAGCACAAAGAGAAGAAAGAAGAAAAGAAAGAAAAGAAAGAACUUGAGAAAAUCAAGAAGCAUAAGGAAGAAACUUAUGUCCCUAUAAAGACUUAUGAGGAAGUUGUCAUCUUUCAAGAGCCAGAUUCCUGUGAACAAGAAGAGAAAAAGGUAUUGGUUGUUGAAAAAAUUGAGGAGGAUUGUGUUGCUUCGCUACCACCUCCAGUGGUGGCACAUAACGAGUAUGUGCCUGUUGAAGUUGAACACAAAGAGAAGAAGGGUAUCUUUGGAAAAAUUAAAGAGAAGUUCCAUGGACAUCAUUCAAAGAACGAAGAGAAGAAGGAAAAAGAGCACUACUAA